AUGCUCGACAAAAGGAGCAGCGACGGGGCAACGUCCGUCCACUACACUAUGAAGACUCCUCAUUCCGCUCCCAGGGCAUCGCCUGGGCCACGCCCAACACAUAGCCACUCCCACUCACAAUCCAAACUCUCAGUCACCGCAGCCGUUAAGAGUCCCAAGCCUACGACCCCGGCAGCAUCUCCUAGGAUGCCAUUCUCCGUUGGUCAGCCUUUACCCCCUCAGAAGCUGUCACCCGCACGACCUGCGGAACCAAGGGCAGCGAGCCCCAACUAUUUCGGCCUCGUAGUCGAACAAUCCGUCGAUCCAAGAGAUUCCUCGGCGAUGCCACGAGACAACUGGAGCUCCCCGACGUCUUCAGUCAAGUCAUUCGCCGCCGCUCUGCCCAAGCAGGUCCCUAUCGAUGCUAACCCCGACUAUGAGGCCUUCAAGCGCCAGGCGGACUUGAAUCGUGGCAAGGGCUUCAGCCUAUCCUCCUCACACUUUCCUCACGCGCCGCCCAACCCUACCACUCUCCGCCCUCGCCCGCCAAGAUGGAACACCCACGCAAGCGAUUCGACCUCUGACUUCUCUAUCCCGCGGGUGACCAAGGAGAGGCCCAUUAGCCGUAUGGACAUGGACCAGGAGAGCAGCCACGACUCGGCCUAUGUGUCUUCAGAAUCGAAGCGCAACUCUGAAGCUUCGAUAAACCCACCACCGGCAAUUUUGAACUUGAACCUCCCGAGAUUCGAGUCACCGAGGCCGACUGAACUAUCGUUGGACCGUAGAACAACCCUGUCCAAAGUCGAUGACCGCCACCCGAGGAUGUCGAUAUCCGAGAACAGGGUUGACCCCCCAUCUCCACGUAGUAACGGAGUGAAUCAACCUCGAGCUGAGACUCUGCCGCCGACGAUGGAAAACGGUCCUUCGUUGAUUUCACCAGCUCAACUGAAAGGCAUGAUCGAGGCUAAAGACUCCAAGACGGACCUCCUUCUUUUGGACUUGCGAGUUUCUCAGCAAUACGCUCAGGCACGGAUCAAGAAUGCUCUUAAUCUUUGCAUUCCAACGACUCUACUCAAGCGGGCCACGUUCAACCUGACCAAGCUGCAGCAAACAUUCCAGAAUGUUAACAACGAAGAGCAGUUCUCAAAGUGGAAGGCGACGAAGAACUUGGUCGUGUACGAUGCGUACUCGGCAGAAAAACGUGAUGCAGUGUCUUGUAUGAACAUGAUCAAAAAAUUUACCAACGAGGGUUACACAGGCGGCACUCACAUCCUGCGGGGCGGCUUCAACGCAUUCGCUGAUGCGUACCCGGAACUUGUGGACGAGGGGUUGGGGCCCGAGAUCAACGGUACCUCUCCAGCUGCAGCCAAUAAGGGUGGAAACCGGCCCGGUAUCGCACCCGUCAUAGGAGGUGUGAUGCUGCCAAUGGCCAGCAACAACCCCAACCCUUUCUUUUCCAACAUUCGCCAAAACAUGGAUCUUGCCGAUGGUGUAGGCCAACUAGACAUCGCUAGGCCUAGCGGCAUGGAGUCGCCCACCCUGCCCCGUUGGCUCCGAGACGCAUCCAAGCCCGGCGACCAUGGCAAGCAAGUCUCGGAUAAGUUCUUAAACAUUGAAAAGGACGAACAGUCUCGGAUGAAGGCGGCAUAUUCGAUGUUUGGAGGAAACCAAAAGGACAAGAAUGCACCUCAGCUUUGUGGUAUUGAAAAAGGAGGCAAGAAUCGGUACAAAGAUAUCCUGCCGUUCGAGCACGCGCGCGUUAAACUUCAAGGUCGUCCUGAGGGAGCCUGCGACUAUGUCAACGCCAGCUAUGUUAAAUCGUCCAGGAGCAACAAGAGAUACAUCGCUACCCAGGGACCGCUCCCGGCUACUUUCGAUGACUUCUGGUCUGUCAUUUGGGAACAAGACGUUCGGGUUAUCGUCAUGUUGACUGCCGAGUCGGAAGGUGGCCAGCUGAAAUGCCACCCCUACUGGCAGGGUCGGGAGUUUGGUUUACUCAAGCUGAGGUUGCUCUCUGAGAAGAAAGUGUCGCUAGACAUUGACAAGCAUCGCACCAACCAGGGAUCGGCAGCACCUUCAGCGGCCGCCGCAGCGGCAGCGGAAGCUGGACGCCGCCGUGCCAACACGACAAUGACUGGGCCCACCGCUACCGCUUCACCUGUGCCACCGCAGGGCGAGACGCCUCAUGUCAUCGUUCGGAAGUUUGCCUUGUCCCACGCGUCGCAUCCUUUUGCGCCCAUGCGUGAGAUUACUCACCUGCACUACCCAUCUUGGCCGGACUUUGGAGCUCCUGCUCAACCUUCCCACCUGCUCGGUCUCGUGAGACUGGCGAAUUCUAUGCAGAGCUCAGCCAAGCCACUCGACACCAUGGCAGCUGUCCGGGCGUCGCCGGAGCCGGAGUCUGCUGACGAGCCGGAGAUGAACCCAAGGCCUAGGCCAAUGCUUGUUCACUGCUCUGCAGGCUGUGGACGAACUGGGACAUUCUGCACGGUGGACACCGUCAUCGAUAUGCUUAAGCGGCAACGACUUGCCAAGACGAAUUUGAAGCCGGUCCGAAAGAGGGACUCGGAUGGUGAUAUCAAGAUGAGUGGUCAAUCCGAAGAGGCUUCGCCACGCGAAAAAGUAUUCGAUUUCAACCCAAGCAGCCGCCGAUCCAGCACCGAUGUGCGACGCGCCUCUUUGGAUACAACUCCGCCCUUGGACACAAGUUGGUUAAAUGACGACUGCGAUACAAUGGAUCUCAUUCAGAAGACGGUAGAGGAGUUCAGAAACCAGAGACUGAGCAUGGUCCAAAGUUUACGGCAAUACGUCUUAUGCUACGAGACAAUUGUCGAAUAUGUGUGGAGACAACACGAGGAGUUGAAGGGUGGAAGAGCCCGAAGUGGGAGUUUACAACUCACGGGGGACAUUUAA